CGUCGUCGUCUCCUUUCCUCCCCCUUUCCCUCGGCCCCCCUCCCCGCAUCCUGCCUGCAUUACCCCCCCUCGCGUGUCCCUCUCCGAUCCCUCACCCCCCAGAUUCCUCCUGCCUACGCUCGCGGUCGCGGGCGUCUCCUACCCGCCCGAUUUCGUUUCGCCUCGGAGCUCGUCGUCGUCGUCGUCGUCCCCGGUGCGCUUUUCUCUUCGCGGGCGAUUCGCUGCGCCUCGUCGUCGCCGGCGACCUCGGCCCGAGUGUAGCAGGGCAGGUCUGCUUCCACGGACGUCUUCGCUGUUCGGGAGGUGGCGCCCCACCUCCACCGUCUCCCUCCUCUUCCGCCUGCCUGCUCUAGUGGGGUGCCGGACCUAGCGGUGGAGCGGAGAUCCGCCCGGGCUUGGAUUGCUUUCGUCGUCUUGCUGGCUUUGAGGUGGAGACGGCAUUAAGUUGAAAUUUUUAUCACACGAGGAAGCAAAAACAAGAAAAAUUCACAUUUCAGUGUUGCACUCUGUGGAGGGUUCAUUGUGGUCCACCAAACUACUACAGUAUUGGAGGGUUUUUGUUGAAGUGCUCCUCAUGUUCAUCAUCUGCAAAGUGGCAUAGGCUCAUAGCAUUGUAGCUGAUCAGUCUGCAUGAUCUUGCUAUGAGUACAUAGAUAAAUCAUCAUCGUAUCUGUAUUCAGUAUGCCACCAUGGUGGGGAAAAUCUUCAUCCAAAGAAGUGAAAAAGACAGCCAAAGAAAACCUCAUUGACACAUUUCAGCGUCUCAUAAGUUCAAAUGAGCAAAAGGGAAGCAGAAAAUCACGAGGUAGUCGUAAACAUGGUAAAGACACAGCUGGUGACAAAGGUUGCUGGUCUACUGCCCAAUCCCGCUCAACAUCCCCUUCAAAAGAGGUCUCUCGGUGUCAGAGCUUUGCAGCAGAUAGACCACCUGCGCAACCACUUCCUCUUCCUAAAUCACGUGCUAGGGUGACGCGUACUUCUUCUGAUAUUACCAACUCAAAGUCCACUUUGGAAAAGCAUGGCAAAGGACAACUGCUUCCACUCCCCCCUACUCAGCCUAGAAAAAGACCUGAAGCUACUGAACCUGUUACUGAAGUAGCUACUGCUUCUGUCUCCAGCAACUGUUCUAUUGAUAGUGAUGAUCCUGGUGAUUCUCGGCUUCAGAGCCCUGUGGGAAAUGAGGUUGAAAAUGCGACUAGAAUUACUGCAACAAGUAGUUCAAGUGUUUUGCACAAAGAGCGUUCUAGUGCUAUCACCAAAAAGAGCACCAAGGAAGUUGCAAAGCCAAACAAUGCUUUUCUCAGUAACCAAAUCUUGUCAACAUCUCCAAGAGGUACCGUUGCUGAUGGUUAUCAAUCCAAUUUACAAAGCCCCCGACAGAUUGCCCUGGAGAGUGCUCCGAAUAGUUUGAUGUCAAGUCCUUCUCGAAGCCCAAGGAUUAUAUGUCCUGAUCAGAUUCCAACUUCAGCUUUUUGGGCAGUAAAGCCUCAUACUGAUAUAACUUUCCUUGGGUCUGGUCAGUGCUCGAGUCCAGGUUCUGGUCAGACAUCUGGGCAUAAUUCAGUGGGAGGUGAUAUGCUAGGCCCAAUCUUUUGGCAGCCUAGCCGAGGUAGUCCAGAGUGUUCACCAAUUCCAAGCCCAAGAAUGACAAGUCCUGGUCCAAGUUCUAGGGUGCAUAGUGGAAGUGUCUCUCCUUUGCAUCCAAGAGCUGGUGGGGUCACUCCUGAAUCUCCAACAAAUCGACACGCUGAAGGGAACAAGAAACAAACCCACAGAUUGCCGCUUCCUCCAAUAAGCACAGCUAAUAUUUCCACCUUUUUGCCAAACAGCUCUACCCCAGCUAGUCCUAUAUCUCGUAGUCCUGGUAGAACAGAGAAUCCACCGAGUCCUGGUUCACGGUGGAAGAAGGGAAAACUGAUUGGCCGUGGGACAUUUGGCCAUGUAUACGUUGGUUUUAACAGUGACAGAGGUGAAAUGUGUGCGAUGAAGGAGGUUACCCUUUUCGCAGAUGAUCCUAAAUCAAAAGAAAGUGCAAAACAGCUGUGCCAGGAAAUAUCACUUCUGAGCCGACUGCAGCACCCAAACAUUGUGCGAUACUAUGGAUCUGAAACUGUUGAUGAUAAGCUUUACAUAUACCUGGAGUAUGUUUCUGGUGGAUCUAUACAUAAGCUUCUCCAAGAGUACGGCCAGUUUGGUGAACAGGCCAUUCGCAGUUAUACUAAGCAAAUACUUUUGGGCCUAGCUUAUUUGCAUGCAAAGAAUACAGUACACAGGGACAUCAAAGGUGCAAACAUAUUGGUAGACCCUAAUGGCCGUGUAAAGCUUGCUGACUUCGGGAUGGCAAAACAUAUCAAUGGGCAGCAGUGCCCUUUCUCAUUUAAGGGUAGCCCGUACUGGAUGGCUCCUGAGGUUAUAAAAAAUGCUAGUGGAUGUAACCUUGCAGUUGAUAUAUGGAGUUUAGGAUGCACGGUCCUAGAGAUGGCUACUUCAAAACCACCAUGGAGCCAAUAUGAAGGGAUUGCUGCAAUGUUUAAGAUAGGAAACAGUAAGGAGCUUCCGCCAAUACCAGAUCACCUCUCAGAAGAGGGGAAAGACUUCAUAAGAAAGUGCUUGCAACGCGAUCCAUCCAGCCGUCCAACAGCAGUGGAUCUUUUGCAGCAUGCAUUCGUACGAAAUGCACCACCACUUGAAAAAUCAUCUGCCUCUCAUCCACUGGAGGUGGAACAGUUGACGGCUAUAUCAUGCAGAACAAAUUCAAAGGUGGUUGAGCAUGCCAGAAAUAUGUCCUCGCUUGGUUUGGAAGGCCAAUCAAUUUUGCAGAGAAGAGCUGCCAAAUUUUCUUUGCCAAUUAGUGAUAUCCAUAUACGGAGUAACAUAUCUUGUCCUGUAUCUCCAUGUGGAAGUCCUCUUCUGAGAUCAAGAUCCCCACAACAUCAAAAUGGUAGAAUGUCACCUUCUCCAAUUUCUAGCCCCAGAACAACUUCGGGUGCUUCAACUCCUCUGACUGGUGGUAGUGGAGCUGUUCCUUUAAACCAUGUGAGGCAACCAGCUUACAGAAAUGAGGGCUUCACAGUCACAUCAAGAGGUUUUGAUGACCACAUACCUAGCCGGCCUGUUGAUCCAGUACAUGGACGUUUUAUUCGAGUGCAGCAAUUUUCUGCGGGCCGUCAGGAGAGGGUAGUCUCCGAAGCUGACAUUCUGAGCUCUCAAUUUGGAAAGAUGAGGCAUGCAAAUGUGUGGGAUUCGCAUGAUAGGCCAUUGCCUUCUGAGCGUUCCUCUCAGCAGUGCUUUGGGGAUCAUGUGAAGCUAAAACCUUCACUGGACUUGAGGUCUGGUCCUCGGCACCCUGGGCGCAACCAUGGCCAUUGAUUCUCUAGCUAAAGUUAAUGGAUAAGCUUUCAGUCGUGUCUAUGUGAUAGCUAGUGGUCCUAAGCUGGUUCACCAAAACCUUUAAUUGUAUCAUAGUAGAAGAGAUGUUCAUUAAUUAUUUCAGAUGCUGACAGUUGGCAGUGGAUAAAGAUUCUCCAAUGUCAAUCCCAUAUUCCCAUUACUCUAAAAAAAGAUGAAACAUGCCCUAUCUGGAAGGGGAUGUUGUAUACUAGACUGUCCAGAUACCGAAGGACCCAAAACAGUGACUCUGAACCUGUAUACUCUUACUCUCGUAUCUACAGCAAUUUAGUUUUCGUUUUCUUUUAUGGGUUUGGAGGCCAUUGUACAGAAGGGAACUCUCAACAAGAAAUCCAGAUUAAAAGGCACAGGAGAAAGCAAAUGAGCCAUUCACCAACCUUUUCUUUUUCUUUUUAAUCUUAUAACAGAUACAUAUAUGCCGGCUGCUCACUGUAAAGUGUUGAUUCAGCUCUGGUUGUAAUACCGGUUCGAUCCAUUAAACGUAUCCGUUACUCUGAAUAUCAUGUGAAGAGUCUAAUCGUUAAUCAAAUUAACUGGUCCAGUUCUAAAGCA